AUGGCCUCUACAAGCUACGCGACCGAAACCUCCCCCUUCGAGAUCCCCCAUGAGGAAUUGCAAGUCCUGUGCCAGUCGCAUGGCUUCCAGGUGCUGAGGACUUGGCUCGACAAUCGAUAUUCCUUUUGCCCACGUCAUUCCACCUGCGACAUCAAGACUCAGGAAACAUGGACUCUCCACCGCGACAUUCUCCAUGCCCUCAUCAUGCCAAUUGUCGCCUUGUAUAAACGCGCCUCGGCUCUCGCAGAAGCUGCAUUAUGCACUACCAAGUCAGAAGACCUCGAGUUGGCCUUUGCCGGCGACGCAAGAGGAGCCUUCCUGUGGCUUCAGUGCUUCCUCGCCGAGGAGGCGGAUUGGUGCCAGACCAGGGGCUGUCCAGCUUGUGUGACGGCCGAGACCAUGAGUACAGAAUCCCAUAUUCGACUCACCAUUGCCGCAUCAUUACUUUCCACAACCCAGCUGUAUGCCGAGAACUCGUCGCCCGUAAUUGGUGACUUCGGAGGAGACGCACCAUCCCCGCCAGCUGCCGGACCAGACCUGACGUUGCCUCCCCUGCCGCAGAUCUUACCCGCUCUACAUGACGCGUUAGACAAGGAUCCUUUCUGGGGCCCAGAGUACUGGACAUAUCUCUUCGAACGGGCGAACCAGCUUUCCUCCGCCAUUGAAGCCCUCAUCACCUCGUGCGGAGAUCUAGAGUCACUUGUUGCAUCUCCCACCACGGCAAAACCCGCUCCCCACCGUAGCGUGACCAUGCCUGGGCUCAUCUACACGAGGCUGGACUCUGGUGCGAGGGGUGCGAAGCUGAAGAAGAGCAGAUUGGCCAGUCGUCAGCUCCGCAUGAAGGGUGAAGAGAUGGAGAUUAUGCGCCGAUGCGCGCUGCAAUGCUGGGCCAAGGCGGCUGUCCCCAGCAAGUUUAGGAAUGAGCUGUUGGGACGCAUCGAGCGGCGGAGGAGUUUGACCUGUCCGUGA